UUCAACAGUCUACCGUACGAGUUGGCUUCUUAUAUAUUCGAGCUGGCAACACUACUUGAUAAUGACAACGGGGAAGAAGAAAGACAACCCCUCAGUCGGAAGUGUUCAAAGAUGCCAACAGUCCUGGCGUCUGUAAGCAGAGAAUGGAGAUACAUCACACUGCAGUGCACUCCAAGACUAUGGUCGCACUUAGAAUUUAUUCCAAGACAAAACAAGCUCAAGCAGCAGCAAUCCCAAUUGUUUGCCCAUGUUAGCAGGUCACAGAAAUGUCCGUUGGAUAUUUUCAUCAAUCUACGGGCACAACAGGGGGUUAUGUCUAGUGUUGCAAAACGCUCAUACCACAAAUACGCCUCUGCGAUCCCCGAAAUCCUCGAGGUCCUCUUCCCACAGAUGGAUCAAUGGAGGUCACUCACAAUUUUUUGUGACCUUUGGGGGCCGUUUGUUAAGGCCUUUGAACUGCUCAAUGCAUCUACCACAGCUGGUGCUUCUUGCCUGGAAAUUUUGGAAAUUUUGGAGUUCCAAUCCUGUGGCGAUCUCAAAGUUUGGCCUCCUGCAAUCAACCCUUCCCCACGCAGCGAGCGGAUGGCCUGUAGAGUCUCAUUCAAAGCCUUGUUUCCCUCAGACAAGAUCGACCUCAGUCAGCAUAAAAUUCUCCCAAGACUCCGUCACAUGUCUUUACGCGGGGUUCCAAUGAACUGGAUUGCUUUAUCUCAGCAAUUGGGUGCGGCUGCCGUUUUGAAAUCACUACAUUCUUUGGAGUUAUCCCGCUUUUUUGCAGGCGAACAGGCUCCUACAAGUAAUGAAUUUUCAGCCAUUCUUACCGCAUGCCCUCAUCUGCGCAAAGUCGCAAUGAGGGUCUUUAGGCUGUCAAAUUACAAGAGAGAGCGAAAUCCAGUGCCUGUAACCCUUUUCCAGCUUGAAGAGCUUUGUUUGGAAUAUGGAAAUGGGUUCAAGGAUGCUGAGCAUGCUAUGGAGGUGCUCAAACACAUCAAUGCACCCAAGCUUAGCCGCCUUUUUAUUAUCCCCUGCAGCCGCGAUUCCAUUCAUUCUGGUCCAGACCCACAGCCUCUCAUUGCAUAUGCACGGGAGUGGUGUGCCCAGUCCGCAGCCGAAGUGCUUUUUACAAGCAUCUAA